CCCUGCCUGCCCGCGUCGAUUCGUACGGCCGGGCAAACUCCAGUCGGUCUAGGGAUGGCGGCCGGCGCGGGCUCCGCUGCCCGCCGCGGGUGAUCCCCUCUCACGCGGGGAGCCCCUCUCUCUGGCGCUUCACCUGGGGGAUCCCCUCGCGGCCUGGACCCUUAUCCUCCCCUCCCCUCCCUCCCUCCCUCCGCUUCUCUUCUAGGGUUUUCUAGAUUUUCAUCUCCCCUGCCGCAGAUGUUUUCCCAUGGCACAGAUUCCGCCCCCGAGGCCGCCUCGGGCUUCCCGACGCGCUUCGUCUGGCCCUAUGGUGGCAAGAGGGUCUACCUUACGGGCUCCUUUACAAGGUGGACAGAACAUUUGCCAAUGUCUCCUGUUGAAGGUUGCCCUACUGUUUUUCAAGCCAUCUGCAAUUUGUCCCCUGGGAUCCAUCAGUACAAGUUUUGUGUGGAUGGGGAGUGGCGGCACGAUGAGCGGCAACCUACUAUAACAGGAGACUAUGGGGUGGUUAACAGUAUUUGCUUGACAGGGAAUUUUGACCAACUAAGUACGAUAUUGAGCCCUAGUACACCUGGAAACAGGAUGAACAUGGAUGUGGACAAUGACAAUUUUCAACGCAAUCAGGUUUCUUUAUCUGAUGGCAUUAUUCAGGAAGGUUCUCAGAGAAUUUCUGAGGCAGCUAUACAGAUCUCUAGGAGUCGUGUUCUGGAUUAUCUGAAAGGGCAGACUGGGUAUGAUUUACUCCCAGAUUCGGGCAAGGUCAUUGCUCUGGACGUUAAUUUACCUGUGAAGCAAUCUUUCCAUAUUCUGCAUGAACAGGGAAUUCCUGUGGCACCUCUGUGGGAUUCAUUUAGGGGCCAGUUUGUUGGCCUUUUGAGCCCACUGGAUUUUAUACUCAUAUUGACAGAGCUGGAAACUCAUGGCUCAAAUCUGACAGAAGAGCAGCUUGAAACACAUACUAUUUCUGCAUGGAAGGAGGCCAAGCGUCAAACUUAUGGCAGAAACGAGGGUCAUUGGAGGACAAAUCACCAUCUAGUUCAUGCUACCCCAUAUGAAUCCCUGAGUGACAUUGCUAUGAAGAUACUGCAAAAUGGUGUCUCUACAGUUCCCAUUCUCUUUUCCUCAUCGUCAGAUGGAUCGUAUCCUCAACUGUUGCAUCUUGCAUCCCUUUCCGGAAUUUUGAAAUGUAUUUGUAGAUAUUUUAAAAAUUCUACAGGUAAUUUGCCUAUUUUAAACCAACCUAUAUGCACAAUUCCGCUGGGUACCUGGGUUCCAAAAAUUGGUGAUCCAAAUGGCCGUCCAUUGGCUAUGUUGCGGCCUAACACAUCACUUAGCUCUGCCCUGAAUUUACUGGUUCAAGCUGGUGUGAGUUCCAUACCAAUCGUGGAUGACAAUGACUCACUCCUUGACACAUAUUCCAGAAGUGACAUCACAGCUCUUGCAAAAGACAAGGUGUACACACACAUUCGCCUAGAUGAGAUGACCAUUCAUCAGGCUUUGCAGCUUGGACAGGAUGCUAAUUCUCCCUUUGGAUUCUUCAAUGGGCAAAGAUGUCAGAUGUGUCUCCGGUCUGACACACUGUUGAAAGUGAUGGAGCGGUUAGCUAAUCCUGGGGUGCGCCGUGUUUUCAUUGUGGAAGCUGGCAGCAAACGUGUGGAGGGCAUAAUAUCACUGAGUGAUAUUUUCAAGUUCCUGCUGAGCUAGCCUUAAAUGCCCGAGCCAUGUCUGUUUUGUUCUCGCAACUGCCGGAGUUGUUAACAAUAGCAGAAAAGUUUGUCAAGCCAACAUGGAUCUCUCUGGCUUUUGGAUAGUCUUCUCCCGACAAUGGCCAUCCAGAGUCUGUAAAGCUUUUUUUUUUCUUCCUUUUUCCUGCCCCUUUGUUACCCGAAAUGUCUGGUGAUUUUUAUUUAUUGGAUUGUUUUGCUGCUUGCUCGGUUUCUGAGCCCCCAAGGAGGUAGCGGUAGCUCUCUUGAUGGUGGCACUAGAGACAUUUUAGCAUGAAUCGUCACAAGAGAAGGAAGAAUUGAGGAAAGGGGGGAUGCUCCAAACCAAAAGAGGGAAGGGAUGAUGAAUGUGUUGUUUUUGCUCAACAACCGUUUUUUUUGGCGGGCAGUGUUGCAAACCAUGAAAGGAGAAAUUACAGUCGGCUCCUUGUUAGACGAAAACCAAAAGCUAUCCUGUGAUGUGAUGUAGUCAGUCGGUCGGUUGGUCUCAUCUCAUGGCGUCUGAGUGGGAUUUGUGUACAAACCUGUACCUGAUUUUUAUGCCUAAACCGCAGCUUAAUUACUCAUUUUCCUUAAUCCCCCCUUGGGUAAUUAGUAUGGCAGUACUGUUAGUGAUAAUUCAUUUCUAAAUUAUCUUCUUGUAUACUACUCUUAUUGUAGUGGAGUAUAUAAGUAUCU